AUGCUGGAAUCUCUCUUCUGGAUAUCAAGCUCCACGUUAGUUGCCGUCCAGAACAACUCGCAGCAGUUCUACCAGUGCAUACUACCCAGCAGAUUUAAGAAUGGAAUCAUUAUCAGUCCAUUGGAACCUUGCAGCUAUCUUAUGCAUAAUGGUAACUCCAGUCACUCGGGCUGCCAGUGCCAAGCCCAAUAUUGUGCUGCUCAUGGCUGAUGACCUUGGUAUUGGUGAUAUUGGCUGUUACGGUAAUGACACUAUAAGGACACCUCAUAUUGAUAGACUUGCAAGAGAAGGACUAAAACUGACCCAGCACAUAUCAGCUGCACCACUCUGUACACCAAGCCGAGCUGCAUUCAUGACUGGACGAUACCCAAUAAGAUCAGGUAUGGAUUUAGGCAAUGGAGGGAGAAUCAUUUUUUGGACAGCAGCAUCUGGUGGGCUACCCCCUAACGAGACUACCUUUGCCACAAUACUACAACAGCAAGGCUACUCCACUGGGCUUAUAGGAAAAUGGCACCUGGGUGUGAACUGUGAAUCACGUGAUGACUUCUGUCACCAUCCCAAUAGCCACGGUUUUAAUUACUUUUAUGGCAUGCCAUUUACUCUUUACAGUGGGUGCAAGCCAGGCACUCGUAUUGAAUUUAAUGGACCAAUGAAACCGCUGCUUUCUUUUUUGACUGAGAUGAUAGGUUUGGGCGUACUUACAUUAAUUGCUCUGAAAUAUAGCAAACUCCUUGUCGUUAAUGGGAAAUUCAUAGUCUUCUGUGCAAUUUUCGGCAUCUUGUUUUUCAUCACUUGGUACACAUGGUUUCAAUAUAGUCAGUAUUGGAACUGCAUACUCAUGAGAAACCAUGAAAUUACUGAACAACCGAUGAAUAUUGAAAGAACCACCUUUCAAAUACUGAAAGAAGCACAUGGAUUCAUUGAAAGAAACAAGGAUGAUCCCUUUCUGUUAUUCGUUUCAUUACUCCAUGUUCACACUCCGCUUAUUACCACAAAAAAAUUUACUGGAGGAAGCAAACAUGGAACCUACGGGGACAGUGUAGAAGAAAUGGACUAUUUAGUUGGUUCAGUGGUUGAUUAUAUUGAUGAAGCAGGACUAAAAAACAACACUUUAAUAUAUUUUACCUCAGACCAUGGGGGACAUAUAGAGCUUGCUGAAAGAAAUACCCAGCUGGGUGGAUGGAAUGGCAUUUACAAAGGUGGAAAGGCUGUGGCUGGUUGGGAAGGUGGCAUUAGAGUACCAGGCAUAUUCAGAUGGCCUGGAGUCAUAGCUCCUGACACAGUAUAUGAUGAACCAACAAGUCUUAUGGAUAUUUUCCCCACUGUAGUUCAUCUAGGAGGAGGAGAAUUGCCAACUGACAGGAUAAUCGAUGGUCGGAACCUAAUGCCUUUACUGCAAAAUCCAGCAUUGCAUUCUGAGCACGAAUUCUUAUUUCACCAUUGUGGCCCACACUUACAUGCAGCUCGGUGGCAUGAAAAAGAAAGUGGUACUGUUUGGAAGGUUCACUUUAUUACCCCAGUAUUUUCUCCAGAAGGUGCAGGAGGCUGCUAUGAUUCCAAACCUUGUCCCUGUGAUGGAGAUCGUGUAACAUACCAUAAUCCUCCAUUGUUAUUUGACAUCUCAACAGAUCCUUCUGAGUCCAGUCCACUCCAACUUCACUUGAAGCCACAAUAUAUGCAAGCAAUUAAUCGCAUUAAACACGCAAUAGAAGAACAUCAGAGAACAAUAAUCCCUGUACCACAGCAGUUAUCUUUCAUGAAUAAUCUUUGGAAGCCAUGGCUUCAGCCAUGUUGUGGGACAUUUCCUUUUUGCUGGUGUGACAAAGACAUUAACCUGACUUUAGAAAGCUGAAUGAUGUGAUUAUAUUCAAUUAUUAUAUCCUGCAUUCUGUUUAGAGCAAAUUUUUUUUAACCAGUACUGAUUGCAAAUACAGGUAUAGGAUCUAUUAUCCAAAAUAUUUGGAUUUCUGGAUAAGGAGGGAUCUUUCUUUAAUUUGGGUAACCAUACCAUAAUUCUACUAAAACUAAUUAACUAAUUAAAAAUGAAUUCAUUAAACCCAAUAGGAAUGUUUUGCCUCCAAUAAGGAUUAAUUCUAUCUUAAUUGGGAUCAAGUACAAGGUACUGUUUUAUUAUUACAAAGAAAAGGGGAAUCAUUUUUUUAAUUAUUUAUUUCUAAUGAAGUCUUUGGGAGAUGACCUUCCCAUAAUUUAGAGUUUUUUAGAUAACGGGUUUCCAGAUCCCAUAACUGUAUUAUUAUUAUUGUGGUUUAGAUUACAAUGUGAGACUUCUUUGCUAGUCUCAUUCAAAUUUUCUUAUAGAUUUUAGUAAACCAUAAUUGUUAAAGACAUAGGAGCUCAUUUACUAUGGAUAUGGACAUUGCAUUUUGGUACUAUAUGCAGGAAAUAUCUUUUGUGCGCACUUUUAAAACCAGCUUCAAAAAUGUUCAUUCUGUGAUUGAAAAGAGGUGGGUGGCCCAGAGUAGGAGCCCUAUUAUAUGUUUUAUUGUAUGUUUUCAUACAAAAUUCGUUGUGCACUAAUCAUAAAUUGUGUGUGUACACACAAGGGCAACAGAACACUGUGUGGCAGGGAGGACCUCAAAGGUUGUCUUGUUAUAGAACAAACCAGUGUCUCCAGUUAAGCUUAUGCAGCAUUGUGAUGAAAGGGCUUUACUUCUUGAAAUGUAUUCAUACUAAUGAAUGUUCCAUUUUUAAUAAAUGUUAUAAAGUAGAGAUUACCUUCUCUUAACCAGUUUUGGAAGCUGGAGGGCAUGUAAAAUAAUAAGAGGGAUGCAAAAAGAAAGGAUGGUUUUCAGCCUGUCCCAUAUCUUGCAUAAGCAAAAAUUGCAGAAUGGGCUUGUGUCCAAAUUGUCACCAGAUAGGUUUUUUGCUAUUCUAUGAUUAGUAACAACACAAAGGAAUUCCUACAUUUCAGAAACACUUAAGGCCGAAUCUUUGUUAAUUUGUUCCCUACCUUCAGAUCCAAGAGAGGGUUACAUAUUAUACUGUACACACUGGGCAAGUUUAAAUUUUAAAAACAUUGUUUAGUCAUUAACAACAAAUAAAAGACCUACGCACGUUUCAACCAUUAACCAUAUGGUGCAAGGAGGGAUUUGGAAGGUCGAGUACAUACGAUCUAGUAGAAAAUUCAUAAACACAAGAUCCCAAGCAAGAUCCAAACUGCAGCCCCCCAAUCUAUAUAGAAAUUAUAGAUGUGCAUUUAAUUAAUAAUUUACUUAAAAAACAAGUAUGUAUGUAACCCAGUUUUUUAGCCAUUUUGUACCACCAGCUGCUUUGGAACUGCAAUUUAAAUACAGUCUCCUCAAAAAGUUGCUGUACUAAAAAGGCUACAAGGGGUAAAUGAUUAGACUGCUAUGUCAAUAAAAUAAAUGUUGCAGUUAGUAAAGGUCCAUUAAAAAACAUAAUUCACUCCAACAUACUUAGGCCUUGAAUGCAUAAAUUCUUGAAUUUUUAUAAAAUGCUUGAAGAAAAAUUUUGUACUUGUCUGUCAUUGACUCAGAGGGGAAUUCUUAAAACUGGAGUGAUUUUACCCACAUCGCUAUAAACUGUUAGCUUCUCUGCAGACUGCAGUAAAACUAAUAAGCAAAAAGUUCUAGUUGCUAUGGGUUACCAGAAAAUGUAAAUGUAAAAUCUUAACCUUUUUGAGAAUUACUCUGUUGCCUAACUUGUUUUGUCAUUGCUUUAUGAGACGUUAUAACAUUUUGCUCUUUGAACAAUUAUCUGAUAAAUAAGAGGAGCCAAAUAAUAACUGUAUAAAGCUAGUACCCAGUACAGUGAUCCCCAAUCGGUGGUUCAGGAACAACAUGUUGCUCACCAGUCCCUUGGAUGUUGCUCCCAGUGGUCUCAAACAGGUGCUUAUUUUUGAAUUCCUGGCUUUUGGGUGAGUUUUGGUUGCAUAAAAACCAGGUGUACUGCCAAACAGAGCAUUGUGUAGGCUGCCAGUCCAUAUAGGGGCUGCCUAAUUGCCAAUCAGAGCCCCUAUUUUUAACCCCAGGAACAUUUAUCAUGCUUGUGUUGCUCUUCAACUCUUUUUAAAUUUGAAUGUGGCUCACUAGUAAAAAAAAGGUUGGGGAUUCCUGACCUAGUCCAUAAUAUGUGUACUAUGUCAUUAAGCUGCAUAGUGACUACUUGUCCUAAGAAUAAACAUUUUCAAACCCUGCA